AUGCAGUUCCCCAAGGCCGCCGCCCGCCCCUCGGCGCGCUUCUUCACCCAGACGGUGCGCGCCAUGGCGCAAGAUUCCCGCGACCCCCAUGAGCAGGCCUUCGAGCAGGCCAUCGCCGCCGACGCCGUCGAGUCGGCCGAGCGCCUGGGCUCGACCGCCCCCGCCGAGGAGGGCUCCCUCACCUCCAGCCCGCUCGAGGGCAAGGUCCUGUCCGCCGACCCCGUCAAGAUCUUCGUCAGCAACAUCGCCUUUGACGCCACCGACAUGCACCUGCGCGAGGCCUUUAGCAAGUAUGGCGAGAUCUUGGCAGUCAAUAUCGGGCGGGAUGGGCGCGGCCUGAGCAAAGGUUUCGCUUUCGUCACCUUUGGCGACAAGGCGGCAGCUGAUCAGGCCGUCACCGAAUGCCACAGGUCGUUCUGGCACGGCCGUCGCAUCAACGUUGACCAUGCAAGGCCGGAAACAAAGCGCUCCUAUGAGCGUGCGCCCGAGGGCUCGCGCACCAAGAACGAGCCCUCGUCGUCGCUCUACAUUGGCAACAUCCCCUACGAGACUUCGGACGCAGACCUGAACAACAUGUUCCGCGACCUCGACAAGGUGGUCGAUGUCCGCGUCGCCGUGGACCGCAACACGGGCUGGCCGCGCGGCUUUGCCCACGCCGACUUUGCCGACGUCGAGAGUGCCAUCAAGGGGUACGAGAAGAUCACGGGAGCCACACUGGGUGGCCGCGUGCUGCGUGUCGACUACUCCCAACCCCGUUCUCCUCCACGUGAAGGUCGUGAGAACCGUGAGGGACGUCGGCCAUACCGCCGCUCGCAGACCCCCAGGGAGCAGUAA